CGGGACGCGGAGGCACUAGAGGGACAUGGAGGGACCGGCGGGGACACGAGGAGACGAGGACACGGCCCGAGUGUGCGGACGGAGCUGGGCCGGCACGUCCCACGAUCCUGAGCGUUCUCUGGGAUACACCUGGAAGAUGGAAGGGUCUUUUAGCGUCGUGAGCGCUCCAGGGAUAGACUCGGGCCUGUGGAAGUGCUGGGAUUUGUUACUCUCCAAAGGACUGAUACGGAAGAUCUUGGACCUGUCCCAGCUGUGGGAUAGCACCUGAUGGUUCUGGGGGUCUUGGGGUGCUGACACCCCGUUCACAGCUCUGGGGUUUGUGGUGUCCUUGAGGUCAUGUUCCUUCUGAGCCUCUGGUUCCAGGGGGUGAGGGGUGUCCCUGUCCCUCCUGCCCUCCUAUGCUGCUGCUGGAGCAGCUGAGCUGAGAAACAUCCUCAGUCACUCUGUCCAUGCUGUGUCCAGCUGGGGCCAUGGGGCAGAGUGGGGGACAGGGAGUGAAGCUUCCUCUGACCCCCCUGUCUUUGCCUUCUUCCAUGGCAGGGAUUCCAUGGAGAAUCUUCAGGAGCUACUCCUCUGCCAGCACCAAGGAGAAGGAGAACAGAAAUGGCACCUGUGAGAGGACAGAGCUGCUGGAAGUGCUCAAAGCUCGAGCGAAGCAGCUCCAAGGCAGUAACGUCCCGGAGGUGACAGUCGACAAGGUGGAACUGGCUGCAGUGGACAAUGACAAGUACCAGGAGGGUGUGGCCCCUGGCCCCAGGGAGAACCAGCCCAUUCCCAGGGCACGGGGUGAUGGCCUGGCCCGGUCCAGCGCCUGGGCCAAAAAGUUGCAGAAGGAGAUGUACAUCCAGCAGCUGAAGAUGAAGCAGGAAUUGCCUAGUGCUGCCUCCCAGCUGGCUCUGGAGGGCCAGGCCAAGACCAAAGCAAAAUCCAUGAAGAGCCCAGAGAUUCCAAAGAUGAAUGCAGCCACUGCCUGGAACCAGAGCUCUGGCAGCCCCCACAGCAAGCCCAGGGUGGUGGAAGCAAAGGAAGCUGCAGAGCUGAAGAGGCCUCAGAGCAUGCCAAAGGACAAGAGUAACCAACAGGUCCUGCAGCAGACCAUUCAGUCCAACCUGGAGUGCUUCCAGUUCCUGCAGCAGUCAGAGGAGGCCGAGCGGUACCUCCUGCUGUGCCACAGCUCUCCAGUGAAGAAGAAGGUGCUGGACAUCGGUGCCUACAACAUCGUGAUGCGCAUCUGGGCCAGGAAGGGCUGCUUGAACCGCAUCGACCGAUUGUUUUCCGUGCUGGAGUCCACCGGCCUCCGGCCCAACUUGGACUCCUACGCGGUGGCCCUGGUGUGCAUGGGUCGGAACCAAUCUCCUCCCAAAGUCAUCUUGAGAUACCUGCAGCAGCUGAACAGCAGUGGCUUCCAUGUGGAUGAGCUCUUCCAAAAGUGCCUGUUUGAGGAAGAUGAGAAGGAGAUGGUGCUGUGGGCCAUCAGGACUGUUCAGCCCAACUACCAGCUGCCUCCUCCACCCAGCCCCGAGAUCUCUAAGUCUUCUCUGCUCCAAGACUUCUAUUCCAGAGAGACAAUGGUGUCAUACCCCAAGCUGGAUUUCUCCAUGAAGGAGUUGCAGGAGCGCUUCCAGCAGCAGCUGGAGAUGGAGCUGAAGAACACCAUAACCAUCGAGUCAGUGGAGGCAGCCAAGCCCCUGACCCCACAGGCUAUCAAAGCGCGAAAGCUGCUGGGCACCCUCCGCUCCCAGUGGCACGGCGCCAUCCUCCAGGCCCUGCAGAAUUCCAAGCGCAGCAUGGCCAGGCCCAGGAGGCUGUCAAAGUACAACGUCCUCUACCCCUACCUGUGUCUGCUGCCAGAUGAGGAGUAUGUGGACAUCAUGAUGCAGGUCCUCAAUGAUCUGUCUCCACAAGGUGAGUCCCUGGCAGUCCUGGCCAGGGAGCUGGGCUCCAAAGUCUAUGACAGGUACAUCAUCCAGAGGAAGCUGCGCAGCCGCCAGCUGGAGAAGGUGCAGGAGAUUUAUGAGAACUACAUCCAGCUGCUGGCAAAGGACAGCCAGCCUAAACAGUACUUGCCACGGGAGUACUGGGAGAAGCUGGUGGGAGAAGCAGGCUUUGGGCCUUCCCUGAGCUUGAAGAACUGCAGCUGGCCGUGUGUGCUCCUCAUGCGCCUGGGCAUGUACAUGCUGGAGCUCCUGGUGAAGGCUGUCAAGGUGCCCAAGAACAUCCUCAAUCGUCGCCUGGAGUCCAAGCCUAUCCCUGUCCUCUACCACGUCUACUCCUUCUACAGUAACUGGCAGGUUGGGCUGAUAAAGCCCCAUCCUGUCUUCUCUCAGCUUGUGUCAAAUGCUGCAGAGACCAUGCUGACCUUCAACUCCUCUGCCAUGCCCAUGCUGUGCCCCCCGGUGCCCUGGACCUCCCACAGUUUCGGUGCCUUUGUCCUCAACGACACCAAGCUGAUGCGCUUCAUGGAUGAGACCACCCACCACCAGCUGCUUCUGGAGCAGUGUCCCCCCGUGAACCUUCACCCUGUGCUGGAUGCCCUGAACCAGCUGGGCAUCUGUGCCUGGAAGAUCAACCAGCCAGUGCUGGAUAUUAUCAUCUCCAUCUUCAAUGACAAAGGGAAUGAGAAGCUGGACAUCCCACCACCCCUCUCUGAGGCUCCCAAGCCUCCCACUGCUCCCGGCCAUUCCUCCACCUGGAGCAAGUCCCUCAAGCACGAGCUGUUCCUGUGCAAGAAGAAGACUGCAGAGAUGCACAGCCUGCGCAUGGACGCGCUCUACAAGCUCUCCAUCGCCAACUACGUCAGGGACAAGGUGUUCUGGUUCCCUCACAACAUGGACUUCCGUGGCAGGACUUACCCUUGCCCGCCCUAUUUCAACCACCUGGGGAACGAUGUCACCCGGGCCAUCCUGCUGUUCGCAGAGGGGAGGCCGCUGGGGCCCAGGGGACUUGACUGGCUGAAGAUCCACCUCAUCAACCUGACGGGGCUGAAGAAGAAGAACGCCUUGCAGGAGCGGCUGGACUAUGCCAAUGAAAUCAUGGAGGACAUCCUGGACUCGGCUGACCACCCGCUGACGGGCAGGAAGUGGUGGAUGAACACCGAUGAGCCCUGGCAAGCCUUGGCAUGCUGUAUGGAAAUCGCCAAAGCCUCGAGGUCCCCAGAUCCAGCAGCCUACAUCUCUCACUUCCCAGUUCACCAGGAUGGCUCCUGCAAUGGGCUGCAGCACUAUGCAGCGCUUGGCCGGGAUCUCAGCGGCGCUGCCUCCGUCAACCUGGUGCCCUGUGGGCUCCCUCAGGAUGUCUACAGUGCAGUGGCCCAGCAGGUGGAGGAAUUUCGGAGGAAGGAUGCUGAGCAGGGGGUGAAGAUUGCCCAGGUGCUGCAGGGCUUCAUCAGCCGCAAGGUGGUGAAGCAGACGGUGAUGACGGUGGUGUACGGGGUCACUCGCUACGGCGGCCGCCUGCAGAUAGAGAAACGCCUCAAGGAGAUCAACGAGUUCCCUGAGGAGUACUUGUGGGAAGCAUCUCAGUAUCUGGUGAAGCAGGUGUUCAACAGCAUCAAGGAGAUGUUCUCAGCGACUCGAGAUAUCCAGAACUGGCUGACAGAGAGUGCCAAGCUGAUCGCCCAGUCAGGCCGGACAGUGGAGUGGGUGACACCACUGGGGCUCCCCAUCAUCCAGCCCUACUAUCGCUCCAGGUCCACUGUGCUGAAUUGUGGCAUGCAGCGCUUGAGUGUGAAAAACCCCAACAGCAGCCAGAAACCUGACACUGUGAAACAGAAGAAUGCCUUUCCCCCCAACUUCAUCCACUCUCUGGACUCCACACACAUGAUGCUCACAGCACUGCACUGCCUCAGGAAGGGCCUGACCUUCGUCUCAGUCCAUGAUUGCUACUGGACUCACGCGCUCACCGUGGAUGUCAUGAACCAGGUCUGUCGACAGCAGUUUGUGGCUCUGCACAGCGAGAAAAUUCUGCAGGAUCUGUCUGAGUUCAUGCUGGAGAAGUACUGCAGUUCAUCCAGCUCCAGCACAGCGCCCAUAGCCCAUUGGCAGAAGAGACUGAUGGAACAGCUGUCCAAUGUCCCCAGGACAGGUGAAUUCAACCUGAAGCAAGUGAUGGAUUCCACAUAUUUCUUCAGCUGAGCCCCAGCAGUCCUCAGGGCCCUGGGAUAGCUCUGGACCUCCAGCCGUGGUGGGCACUGGCCUGCAAUGAUCUUCUGUCCCACAUCUCAAGGGGAAGGAGUUGCAGCUUCCAGCCCAUCAAGAGCCCUGCCUCACUCUGAAGUGCUGGGCAAACUGGGACUCUGCUGGAGCAGCUGGUGAGGGACAGGGGCUCUCCACUGUUUGCUGUCACUGCCUGUCCCAGCUCAGGGAGAGGGCACAAAGCCCUGCAGAGGGCUGCAGCUCUGGGCUGGGGGCAAAGGGGUGGCAGGAGCCAGGGUGGCUCCCCUCAGCCCACUCCCCAGUGAUCUGAGCACUGUCCUUUGCCUGGCUGUUGCCUGUCCUGGGCUGAUGUCCCUCUGCCAGCAGAGCUCAGACAUGGAGGGGCAGGCAGCUGGCAGCUAACCUGGCCACAGCAGGAGCCCCAGCCCUGCUCUUGGCCACAGGGCAGGUGCUGCUCUGUGCUCUGCUCCAGCUCUGGGCACUGUCCUCACUCUCCAGAGCGCAGCCUCUGCAACUCGACUCAUUUUCAGUCAUGGGUUUUGCUGCUGCUCACUGGGGAUGAGGCAGGGAAAACCACUAACUUGGGGGUCAACAUGUAUAAUAUUGUAAAUAAAAUGUUUUUUGAAAUACAAGA